GAUCCCGGGACCCUCCUCCUCGCCCGGCGCGGGGAGGGGGCCCCCGGGGAGGUUUGCAGGGAGGAGGAGGAGGCGCCCCGCACCCCAACAUACACACACACACGCACACACACACGGAGCAUGCAGGGCGCGGGCCGGCGAGGCGCGCUCUGAUCCGCACGGGGGGGACCCCGAGUUCCCCGCAGCCGACAUGGGCGCUUGGGGAGCCCGGGGGGCGAUGGUGCGGCCCCCGCCGCUGCCGCUGCUGUUGCUGUUGCUGUUGCUGACCCUGGGCACCGCGGGCCACCUGUACCCCGGAGAGGUCUGUCCCAGCAUGGAUAUCAGGAACAGUCUGGCCCGGCUGCAGGACCUCGCCAACUGCUCGGUCAUCGAGGGUCACCUCCAGAUCUUGCUGAUGUUCAAGACCCGGCCCGAGGACUUCCGGGACCUCAGUUUCCCCAAGCUGGUCAUGAUUACCGACUACCUGCUACUUUUUCGGGUGUACGGGCUGGAGAGCCUCCGGGAUCUAUUCCCCAACCUCACGGUCAUCCGGGGCUCCCGGCUCUUCUUCAACUAUGCGCUGGUGGUAUUUGAGAUGGUACACCUCAAGGAGUUGGGCCUGUACAGCCUCAUGAACAUUACACGCGGCUCUGUCCGCAUUGAGAAGAACAACGAACUCUGCUACCUGGUCACCAUCGACUGGUCGCGAAUCCUGGACUCUGUGGAGGACAAUUACAUUGUGCUGAACAAGGAUGACAAUGAAGAGUGUGGGGACAUUUGUCCUGGCACCGCCAAGGGCAAGAACAGCUGUCCGGCCACGGUCAUCAAUGGACAAUUUGUGGAGCGCUGUUGGACACACAAUCACUGCCAGAAAGUUUGUCCCACCAGCUGUAAGUCUUCAGGCUGCACGGCCGAAGGUCACUGCUGCCACAGCGAAUGUUUGGGCAACUGUGUGGCACCGGGUGACCCCACCAAGUGCGUAGCCUGCCGCCACUUCUACCUGGACGGCCGCUGUGUGGCGUCCUGCCCCCGGCCCUACUACCACUUUCAGGACUGGCGCUGCGUGGACUUCAACUUCUGCCAGGCCCUGCACAACAAAUGCAAGAACUCCCGCCGGCCUGGCUGCCACCAGUACGUGAUCUAUGAGGACAAGUGCGUCCCUGAGUGUCCCUCUGGAUUCACGAUGAAUUCCAGCAACCUGCUGUGUACCCCAUGCCUGGGCCCCUGCCCCAAAGUCUGCCACUUGGAGGGGGAGAAAACCAUCGACUCAGUCACAUCAGCCCAGGAACUUCGUGGCUGCACCGUUAUCAAUGGAAGCCUGAUUAUCAACAUUCGUGGGGGCAACAACCUGGCGGCAGAGCUUGAGGCCAAUCUGGGCCUCAUUGAGGAGAUUUCGGGGUACCUGAAAAUCCGACGCUCCUACGCCCUCGUGUCUCUCGCCUUCUUCCGGAAGCUCCGUCUGAUCCGAGGGGAGACGCUGGAAAUGGGGAACUAUUCCUUCUAUGCCCUGGACAACCAGAACUUGCGGCAGCUGUGGGAUUGGAACACGCACAACCUCACCAUAGCCCAGGGGAAGCUCUUCUUCCACUACAACCCCAAACUCUGCCUGUCGGAGAUACACAGGAUGGAGGAAGUGUCUGGAACCAAAGGGCGCCAGGAGCGCAAUGAUAUUGCCCUGAAGACCAACGGGGACCAGGCGUCCUGCGAAAACGUGUUGCUUAAAUUUUCUUACAUUAAGACAACUUUCGACAAGAUCUUGCUCAAGUGGGAUCCUUACUGGCCCCCCGAUUUUCGAGAUCUCCUUGGGUUUAUGCUCUUCUACAAGGAGGCCCCCUAUCAGAAUGUGACUGAGUUCGAUGGGCAGGAUGCCUGCGGUUCCAACAGCUGGACCGUGGUGGACAUCGACCCGCCACAGAGAUCCAAUGACCCUAAAUCAUCCCAGAGCCAGCCGGGCUGGCUCAUGAGAAACCUCAAGCCCUGGACCCAGUAUGCCAUCUUUGUCAAGACUUUAGUCACUUUCUCGGAUGAACGUCGCACGUACGGAGCCAAGAGCAACAUCAUCUACGUGCAGACCAAUGCCACAAAUCCUUCCGUCCCCCUGGACCCCAUCUCGGUCUCCAACUCCUCGUCCCAGAUCAUUCUCAAGUGGAAGCCUCCAUCAGACCCCAACGGGAACAUCACCCACUACCUGGUGUUCUGGGAGCGGCAGGCAGAGGACAGUGAACUCUUCGAGCUUGAUUAUUGUCUUAAAGGCUUGAAGCUGCCGUCACGGACCUGGUUGCCCCCAUCUGACGCUGAGGGGGCCCAGAAAAACAACCAGAGCGGGUUCGAGGAUUCCUCAGGUGAAUGUUGCUCCUGUCCCAAGACAGACUCUCAGAUCCUCAAGGAGCUGGAGGAAUCGUCCUUCCGGAAGACGUUUGAGGAUUAUCUCCACAAUGUUGUCUUUGUGCCCAGGCCAUUGAGGAAGCGCCGGGCACUGGGCGAGGUGGCGAACGUGACAGACAGGGCGGUGCCCACGGUCCCCGAGCUCCCCACCAGCCCUCCCACGAGUGCCGAGGAGCCCCGAUACUUCGAGAAGGUGGUCAAUAAGGAGUCGCUGGUCAUCUCGGACCUGCGGCACUUCACGGGGUAUCGCAUUGAGGUGCAGGCUUGCAACCAGGAGGCACCCGACGAGCGCUGCAGUGUGGCCGCCUAUGUCAGCGCGCGCACCAUGCCUGAAGCCAAGGCAGAUGACAUUGUGGGCCCUGUGAUCCACGAGAUCUUCGAGAACAACAUUGUGCACUUAAAGUGGCAGGAACCCAGAGAGCCCAACGGGCUGAUCGUACUGUAUGAAGUGAGUUACAAGCGCUACGGCGAUGAGGAGCUGCACCUCUGCGUCUCCCGCAGACACUACGCGCUGGAGCGGGGCUGCCGCCUGCGAGGCCUUUCCCCGGGGAAUUAUAGCGUGAGGAUCCGGGCGACUUCCCUGGCGGGCAACGGCUCCUGGACCGAACCCACAUAUUUCUAUGUGACUGACUAUUUGGAUGUUCCCUCCAACAUCGCCAAAAUCAUCAUCGGGCCACUCAUCUUUGUCUUUCUCUUCAGUGUUGUGAUUGGAAGUAUUUAUCUCUUCCUGAGGAAGAGGCAUCCAGAUGGCCCCCUGGGACCUCUUUAUGCAUCUUCAAACCCUGAGUAUCUCAGUGCCAGCGAUGUGUUCCCCUGUUCUGUGUACGUGCCGGACGAGUGGGAGGUGCCGCGGGAGAAGAUCGCCUUGCUGCGCGAGCUGGGCCAGGGUUCCUUCGGCAUGGUGUACGAGGGCAACGCCAAGGACAUCGUCAAGGGCGAGCCGGAGACCCGCGUGGCCGUGAAGACCGUCAACGAGUCGGCCAGCCUACGCGAGCGGAUCGAGUUCCUCAAUGAGGCCUCUGUCAUGAAGGGCUUCACCUGCCACCAUGUGGUUCGCCUCCUGGGGGUGGUGUCCAAAGGGCAGCCCACGCUCGUGGUCAUGGAGCUGAUGGCCCACGGUGACCUCAAGAGCUACCUGCGAUCCUUGCGGCCUGAUGCAGAGAAUAACCCUGGGAGACCCCCGCCAACACUGCAAGAAAUGAUCCAGAUGGCAGCUGAGAUUGCGGACGGCAUGGCCUACCUCAACGCCAAGAAAUUCGUGCACCGGGACCUGGCGGCUCGAAACUGCAUGGUAGCCCACGACUUCACCGUCAAGAUUGGAGACUUCGGCAUGACCCGAGACAUCUAUGAGACUGAUUAUUACCGCAAGGGGGGCAAAGGCCUGCUGCCCGUGCGCUGGAUGGCACCCGAAUCCCUCAAGGACGGCGUCUUUACCACAUCCUCAGACAUGUGGUCCUUCGGCGUGGUCCUUUGGGAAAUCACAAGCUUGGCCGAGCAGCCAUACCAAGGGCUAUCCAAUGAGCAGGUCCUGAAGUUUGUCAUGGAUGGGGGAUUUCUGGAGCAUCCCGAGAAUUGUCCAGAGAGAGUAAUGGAGCUGAUGCAGCUUUGCUGGCAGUUCAACCCCAAGAUGCGCCCCACCUUCCUGGAGAUCGUGGACCUCCUCAAGGACGACCUGCACCCCAGCUUCUGCGAGGUGUCCUUCUUCCACAGCGAGGAAAACAAGAUGCCCGAGUGCGAGGAGCUGGAGCUAGAGCUGGAGGACAUGGAGAGUGUCCCCCUGGACCGUGCCUCACACCCACCCCGGGAGGAGGCUGGGGGUCGUGAUGGGGUCCCUACGCUGGGCCUGAAGCGUCACUAUGAGGAAAAUAUCCCCUACACCCACAUGAACGGGGGCAAGAAAAACGGACGGAUUCUCACACUUGCUCGCUCCAACCCUUCCUAACAGUGCCUGCUGGGGGGCAGGCCGCCCCCCUCCCACCUCCCUGCUGCCCCCGACAGCCCCAUCUUGGUCCUGCUGCCUCCCCUCUUGCUUGGAAGGCAUCUAGCAAUCUCAGGAUUCUUCCCCCAACUCCGCUAUCACAUCGCCCGGAGCUCAGAGACCGUUUCUGCUCAACUUAGGACCCUCGAGCCACACAAUUGCCACCGACUGCCCCUUCUGGGAUUGGACCGUUCCCCCCACUGAAUGCAUUUGAACUUCAAACCGUGAAGCAACCUUCUUUUGGGGGGGACUAAGGGGUGUCCAUGGUGGCAGUGGCCUACCAGGAUAAGACUUUUUUAUUU